GGGAGGCAGAUGGCCAUGAGUAACAGCAGCCACAAUGGCAGUGUGGGACGACCUCUGGGCAGUGGCCCUGAAUUACUGGGCUGGGAGCCUAUGGACCCUGAGGCAGGCUGCCCCCUGCAGCCUGCCCAAGGUCCUGGCCUGCAGAUGGUGGCCAAGGGCCAGCCUGCUCGGUUGUCACCUGGUAACCCCAGGGGCCAUCCCCAGGAGCAGGAGGAGGAGGAAGAGGAGGAAGAUUCGUCCAGGCUGGAUGCCAGGAAGCCCUCUACUGUCAGCCAUCGCCUGGGCCACCGCAGGGCCCUCUUCGAGAAGCGCAAACGCCUCAGUGACUAUGCUCUCAUCUUUGGCAUGUUUGGGAUUGUUGUCAUGGUGACAGAAACAGAGCUGUCCUGGGGUGUGUACACCAAGGGGUCACUGUACUCAUUUGCCCUGAAAUGCCUCAUCAGCCUGUCCACUCUCAUCCUGCUUGGCCUUGUCGUCCUCUACCAUGCCCGGGAGAUCCAGCUGUUCCUGGUGGACAAUGGUGCCGAUGACUGGCGCAUUGCCAUGACGUGGGAGCGAGUGUCCCUGAUCUCACUGGAGCUGGCUGUGUGUGCCAUCCACCCAGUGCCUGGUCACUACCGCUUCACGUGGACAGCACGGCUGGCCUUCUCCCUGGUGCCGUCGGCGGCUGAGGCAGACCUGGAUGUGCUGCUGUCCAUCCCCAUGUUCCUACGCCUCUACCUGCUGGCUCGGGUCAUGCUCUUGCACAGUCGCAUCUUCACUGAUGCAUCGAGCCGUAGCAUCGGGGCCCUCAACCGUGUUACCUUCAACACGCGCUUCGUCACCAAGACGCUCAUGACCAUCUGCCCUGGCACUGUACUGUUGGUCUUCAGCAUCUCCUCCUGGAUUGUCGCUGCCUGGACAGUGCGCGUGUGUGAGAGGUACCAUGACAAGCAGGAAGUGACCAGCAACUUCCUGGGAGCCAUGUGGCUCAUCUCCAUUACCUUUCUGUCCAUCGGCUAUGGAGACAUGGUCCCACACACCUACUGUGGGAAGGGCGUGUGUCUGCUUACCGGCAUCAUGGGAGCAGGCUGCACUGCGUUGGUGGUGGCUGUAGUGGCCAGGAAGUUGGAGCUCACCAAGGCUGAGAAACACGUGCACAACUUCAUGAUGGACACACAACUCACCAAACGGGUCAGAAACGCAGCUGCAAAUGUUCUCAGGGAGACAUGGCUUAUCUACAAACACAGCAGGCUAGUUAAGAAGCCAGACCAAGGCCGGGUUCGGAAACACCAGCGUAAGUUCCUCCAAGCCAUCCAUCAGCUGCGGAGUGUGAAGAUUGAACAAGGGAAAGUGAAUGAUCAGGCCAACACGCUGGCCGACCUUGCCAAGGCACAGAGCAUCGCGUAUGAAGUGGUGUCCGAGCUGCAGGCCCAGCAGGAGGAGUUGGAAGCACGUCUGGCUUCCCUGGAGAGUCGCCUGGAUGCCCUGGGUGCCUCCCUGCAGGCCCUGCCAGGCCUCAUUGCCCAAGCCAUAUGCCCUCUGCCACCUCCCUGGCCAGGGCCUGGCCACCCAGCCCUAGCCACCCAGAGCCUGCCAGGCCACUGGCUGCCCACUGUGGGGUCGGACUUCGGGUGACUGCCUGCUGGUCACCAGACUGCUAAAUCUUGGCCAUCAUGUGGCCUCAGCUAGUUCCUCAUCGUUCUGGAGCUCUGGAUUUGCAAGCCUGGGAGGAGUUGAGCCAAGAGAACUGGCAUUCAUUCCCCUGAGACUGGACCAUGGGAUCUUGCUGGGCCCUUAGCUGUCCUAAGCCCCAGGAGGGCA